GUUGGCUGCUCUGCAGCUCCAGGGAUCAGACAUGGGGAUGAGGAGAAGCGGGAGCCGUUCCGGUGGGCCCAGGAGCUGCUGGGGCUCUGCUUCCCUUGGCCCUUUCCGUUGAGUUUAGGGAGAUGGUGUUGAUGCGCAGGGCACGCUCCGUGGUGGGUGUGCGGAACUUGCCUACCUCGGUGUGAAACCCCAGGAAGGGCGUGAAGUCCCACGAAGGGUGCCAAGCUCCGGGAUGGGCGCUAAUGCCUGGGAUGGGCACGAACCGCUGGGAAGGAUGUAAAGCCCUGGAGUGGGCGUAAAGUCCCAGGAAAGGCACAAAGCUCCUGGAAGGACGAGAAGCCUGGGAAAGGGUGCAAAGCUCCAGGAAAGGCACAAACCCCAGGAUGGGCACCAAGCUCUGGCAAGGAUGCAAAGCCCUGGGAAGGGCAUGAACACCUGGGGAGGGCACAAAGCCCCUUGGAUGGGCACAAAGCUCCAGGAAACACACAAAGCUCCACAAUGGGCACAAAGCCCUGAGAUGGGCACAAAGCCCUGGGAAGGAUGCGAAGCCCAGGAUGGGCACAAAGCUCCGAAAAGGAUGCAAACCCCUGGGAAGAGCACAAAGCCCUGGGAAGGAUGUGAAGCCAUGGGAUGGGCACAAAAAUCUAGGAAAGAUGCACCAAGUUCAGCUGAAACCCCCGUGGGCGAGAGCCACUGGGCCAGGAGCCGCGUGAUUAAGGCAGCGCGGCACCAUGCCUGCGGUGGAGCAGGUCCCCUUCUGCUUGGUGACCAUGUGGCAGCUCCUGCAGAGCCUCCUCCUCCUGGCCUCCUGCCUCCGCUCGGCCGCCGCGUUCCCCAAGGGCUGUUACCCCUCGGAAGAGGAGGGGCUGAAGACCUUCCGCUGCAGCAACGCUCAGCUGACCGAGGUCCCCAGAGACAUACCCAAUGACACCAACAAGCUCUACCUGGACUCCAACCGAAUCCCCUUCCUCCCCCGCGACGCCUUCCGGGAUCUGCCGCUCCUGCUGGAGCUGGAUCUGUCCCACAACGCCAUCGCCAGCGUCGAGAGCGGGGCUUUCCGGGGUCUGGCAGAGCACUUGCACUCUCUGGACUUGUCUUCCAACAGGCUGGUGUCCAUCAGCAAAGAAGCCUUUAGCAACCUGAACGCCAAGGUCAACCUCUCCAACAACCCCUGGCUGUGUGACUGUCGGCUGCAGGAGCUGAUCCGUACGGUGGACCUGGUGGCCGGUUCCUCGAGCGGCAUCGUGUGUGGUUCCUCUGCACACGAGGAGCACGUUGGCAAAGCCUUCCUGCAGGUCAUCGCCGACACGGACUUCUGCAACGUGUACAAACGAACUACGGACAUCGCCAUGCUGGUCACCAUGUUCGGCUGGUUCACCAUGGUGAUCUCCUACUUGGUCUACUACGUGCGGCAGAACCAGGAAGAUGCCCGGCGACACCUGGAGUAUCUCAAGUCUCUGCCCAGCAAGCAGCGAAGGUCGGAGGAGUCAUCCACCAUCAGCACAGUGGUGUGAAGCACCGGCAUCCU